CUUAUUAAAUAGAUGAGGAUAUGAAACCUGAAAGGUGAUUGUUUCACUGGUGGCGGAGAGAAAGAGAGAGUCCAGACUGAAACUGAAACAUCAAUGAUAAUGAAGAAAGGGCAGCAACAGUUGACAGAUGAGAAUCUGCGCCAGCCUCUGGACGAAGUGUUCGAACUGGGCCAGAUCCUAGGCAAGGGCUCGUAUGGAUAUGUGCACAAGGCCAUACACAAGCAGUCUGGAAAGGCGUUUGCAAUCAAACAGGUCCCAAUUGAAGAUGACCUGCAGAAAGUGGUCAAAGAAAUAAACAUCAUGCAGCAAUGCAACUCAGACUUCAUAGUCAAGUACACGGGAAGUUACUUCAAAGACAGCGAUCUCUGGAUUGUGAUGGAGCUGUGUUCCGGCGGGUCUGUCAUCGAUCUCAUCCGACACAGGAAUCUGCCCCUGGACGAAUCUGAACUGUCGGCUGUGCUGAAGGAUACUCUUAGAGGAAUGAGGUAUCUGCACGCAAGUCGCAAAGUGCACCGAGAUGUGAAAGGGGGAAAUGUUUUACUAUGUGAAGACGGUAUGGCCAAGCUAGCCGACUUUGGAGUUUCCGGGCAGUUGUCAGACUCGUGUGUGAAACGAAACACCUUCAUUGGCACUCCGUUUUGGAUGGCGCCCGAAAUCAUCCAAUCACAGGGCUACGACUGCAUGGCUGACAUUUGGAGUCUGGGAAUCACCAUAAUAGAGUUAGCCGAAGGAAGACCCCCCUAUUCAGACAUACACCCCAUGCGUGCUAUAUUUAUGAUAUCAUCCAACGAUCCCCCCACGUUAACCGACGAAUCAAAGUGGUCCGACGACUUUGUAGACUUUUUAUCGCAUUGUCUCGUCAAGCAGCCGGACAAAAGAGCAACGGCCGACAAGCUUCUUAAGCACAACUUUAUCAAAAAUGCAGCCUCAAGAGAUCUAAUUGCGACUGCAAUUGUUGACGCUCAAGAGAAGCGCCAGCAGCUAGCGAUUAAAAGAAAUAGAGAGAAUAAAAUUCUAAAUUCAGCUUUACAAAAUGGGUCAGACAGUGUGGAUUUUGGCGCAGAGGAUGAUAGUUACAGUACUGCUAAAACGUUUCAUUCGUACGACACUUCAGGCGGGACCUUUAUGGCGAAAGGUGACGACCAGGAAAGCUACCCCGCUGGAACUUCCGGAACACUGGUCUGCAAUGAGACGAUAAAGUCUGGGUCUUUUCUCGUCAACGGAAGUAAUCAACGUGUUAGCAAUGGUACUGCAGGAAAUGAAACUUUGAACGAAGCGUUUGAAACGAUGGUUAUCAACGAUGAAGACAAUGCAGACGAUGGCAGUCAAGGUUCAGGCGAAGAUGGAACGAUGAGAAGGUUGAGUGAGACCAGGAGUAAUCGCGGAUCCCACACAUCCUCAAAAGAAGUUCCCUUCUUUUUGCAGCAUUUCGAACAAAAGGCAGCUCAGGGAGUCGAUCUCAGUAGCUCAGAAACGAGCACAAAUAAUAUCAGAAACAAACAACAAAAAAAUCAAGUGGCUUAUCAACCUCCGGGUUACCAUCCUGGUCCAGGAAACAACGAGUACCCCUCAAUAUCAACCGGGGUUUUCGAUCAUCAGGGUCAUUUGGUCAGACCCUUUGACGACGAAACGAAUUUCGAGUUCCUAGAAGAUUCCAAUCUGGCUGAAUUGAGACAAAAAAUGGCAGAAGUGGAUGUGUGUUUGAACCAGGAGCUGGAAGCACUGAAAAGAAGAUACGAGACAAAGCGGCUGCCGAUUGUAGAUGCUAUCAAAAGCAAACGAGCUUCAGUUGGUUUCUUUUGACAAAUGAACUGAAUCGGACUAGAUAAUUAUUGUAGUUUUCGAGGGUAUCUGAUGCCACGAUUAGAACUUCUAUUGCUAUUUCUCACUUUGUCCAUUUUAUCAAUCUCUAUUUUUGUAGACAGCAAACGUUUAUACUCUUCAAUUGAAUAUUUCGAUAAGUUAAA